AUGGAUGCAGUGCACCCGGACCUGGCGGAACUCAAUAUUCUGACCUUGAACUGCUGGGGCCUACUGUACCUGUCUGCCCAGCGCGCCGUUCGCCUACAAGAGAUAGGCCGCGCAAUUGCUUCAUCGACACCCGCGCCCCAUAUCGUCGCAUUGCAGGAGUGCUGGACGCAGGAGGACUAUCAGUCAAUACGACGGGCAACCCGCUUUAUACUGCCCUACGGCAAGUUCUAUCACAGCGGAGUAUUUGGCGGCGGCCUGGCAAUCCUGUCCAAAUGGCCCAUCGAGGAGAGUUCCAUGUACCAGUACCCUCUCAACGGUCGCCCGACUGCUUUCUUCCGCGGCGAUUGGUUUGUGGGAAAAGGCGUCGCCUGUGCAAAGAUCCGCUUUGGAAAAGCCCCUCGGGAGGUGGUGGAGGUCUUCAACACACAUACCCAUCCCAACUACGAACACGGAAGCAGUUGCUCGUAUACGGCACACCGGCUCUCACAAGCAUGGGAACUCGCAAAGCUCCUCCGUGGCGCUGCAGCUCGUGGCCAUCUUGUCUUGGCACUGGGUGACUUCAACACCGAGCCAUUGUCCAUGAUGCACCGCAUCAUCACCUCCCACUCUCCCGUCCGCGAUGUCUGGCGUGUACUGCAUCCCGAGUCCUCGCUUGGGGCAGCCGAGGAAGACCUGGAGCGCAACCGGCGGCGGCCCAUACCAACAGCACAGUUCAAUAUUGAGGAGAACGGUGCGACAAGCAACAACGUAUAUAACACAUGGAGGUGGCCAAAGCCACAACAGAAGUUGCUUGGUGCGGGUCGCGAAAGCGACUGGCCAACGGUAGCUGCUGAUACUCUCGACCCAAAGGGCAAACGUCUUGACUACAUCUUUGCGUCGUCUGGUCUGAUAGAAGGCGAAACCGCUGGCUGGAGUUGGGUCGUCCACGAUGCCCGGGUGGGUAUGAUGGACCGGCACCCCGAGUUAGGGUGCAGCCUUUCGGAUCACUUCUCCGUCGAGGCGACACUUGUUCUGCAUCGAACCGAAACUGUGCCCCCCUCCUCGUCCCUCAGCCAUCACCGAAGCAGAUCGGUGAACCGGAGUCGCAGUUCCAUUCCCUUCCCCACCGCUGCUGCCUCCCUGGCCGAGACUCGCAACACCGAGAUUCCAACUCCUCAACUCGAAAAUGGAGUAUACCUACAAUCGCCUGAGGCGUCCGAGACAAAUCUGCCCCUGCCCGCACCGCGUCCACGUGAUCCCAAUGCACCCUCGAGCUCUUCCUACUCAGCACAGCUCGAGACGGCCUCGCACUCUGUCUCAUAUCUUCCGUCCAGCACAUACGACGAGAUCCUAGACGAGAUCCGCAAAUACCAAACCCGCCAAGGCUUUCAACAGCGGUGGCGCGGUAUCCACUUUGGGACCUGGCUCGUCGUGGCCAUAGUCUGCUAUAUCGGCGUAUGGUGGACGCCGCCCUACGUGGCAUUCAUCUUGAUGCUGCUUUCGAGUCUCGGCCUGGCGGCCGGCGUGGUGGAUGGGCUGAUCGCGCUUCUGUUUGUCAACAGUGAGAUGAGAGCACUGAGGGAGUUCGAGUGGGAAGUCAUGAACGCGAAGGCCACUGCGACCGGCGCUGGUGGGCCGGGAUUCGAGGACGAGACGCACGGCAGCAGCAGGGAGGGCAGUCGGGAGAACAAGUGGUGA